AUGUCAAAAAAUAAGGGCAGUGAGUCAGUGAAGGUGGUAGUUCGAUGCCGUCCUUUGAACCGGAAGGAGGAGUCCAAUGGGCCAGUGGGGGGCAUCCUGCAGAUGGACCUGCGGCUCGGACAGGUGAUCCUCAGAAACCCUCGAGCCCCAGCCAGCGAGCCUCAGAAAACAUUCACAUUCGAUGGCGUUUAUGAUGCAAACUCCAAGCAGGGGGACCUGUACGACGAGAGCGUGCGGCCGCUGAUUGAUUCGGUGCUCGCAGGGUUCAAUGGUACCAUAUUUGCCUACGGACAGACAGGAACUGGGAAGACGUACACCAUGCAGGGGGCCUGGAUGGACCCAGAGAAACGGGGUGUGAUCCCCAACGCUUUCGACCACAUCUUCACGCACAUAUCCCGCUCGCAGUCUGACAGGCAGUACCUGGUGCGGGCGUCCUACCUUGAGAUCUAUCUGGAGGAGGUUCGGGAUCUCCUCGAUCCAAACCACGGCAACGCUAGAGCCCUAGAGCUCCGAGAAAGCCCAGAAUCCGGGGUGUACGUGCGUGACCUCACAUCUUGUGUCUGUAAAAGCAUCAAGGAGAUCGAAGAGGUGAUGAAUGUGGGUAACCAGGCGAGGGCGGUCGGCGCGACAGACAUGAACGAACACUCGUCUCGGUCCCACGCCCUGUUCCUGAUCACAGUGGAGUGCAGCCAGCCUGGACCUGAUGGGAGGAAACACAUCCGGGUGGGCCGCCUCAACUUGGUGGAUCUGGCUGGGAGCGAGCGCCAAGCCAAGACAGGGGUCCAGGGAGAGCGCCUGAAAGAGGCCGCCAAGAUCAACCUGUCCUUGUCAGCACUGGGGAACGUGAUCUCAGCACUGGCCGACGGGCGCAGCAGCCACGUGCCGUACCGGGACUCUAAGCUGACCCGGUUGUUGCAGGACUCUUUGGGCGGGAACGCAAAGACUGUCAUGGUCGCCACCCUGGGCCCGGCCCCCCAGCACUACGAUGAGACCCUCACCACCCUCCGCUACGCCAAUCGGGCCAAGAACAUCCAGAACCAGCCCAGAGUCAACGAGGAUCCCAAGGACGCUCUACUGCGGGAGUUCCAGAUGGAGAUCGCUCGCCUCAGGGCCCAGCUCAACCACAGGAAGUGGAGGAGCAAACAGAAGAAGGAGCAGGUGGACGGCGAGGGCUGGGAGGGAGACGGGGAUGAAGAGACCGAAGGUGAGGAGGACGAGGAGGAAGGGGUGGAGAAGGAGGCGGAGGAGUACGUGAAGCUGCAGGAGCAGAGGUUGGAGAGGGAAAAACAGGACAUCAGAGAAGAUCAGUUCAUGUUGGCUGACGAGAAGCAGAGGCUCCUGGGAGAGAAGGAGAGGAUGAUGGGAGAUCUGAGGAAGGAGCAAGAAGCCACUGAGCAGCUGACGGCCAAGUACAAGGCAAUGGAGAGCAAGCUUCUGGUUGGUGGGAAGAACAUCAUCGAUCACACCAACGAGCAGCAGAAGAUGCUAGAGGUGAAAAGGCACGAGAUUGCUGAGCAGACACGCAGCGAGAGAGAGAUACAGCAGCAGAUGUUGGUCCAGGAUGAGGAGACGGUGGAGCUGAGAGAGACUUUCACUUCUCUGCAGCAGGAGGUGGAGGCCAAGACCAAGAAACUCAAGAAGUUGUAUGCCAAGCUCCAGUGCAUCAAAGCGGAGAUCCAGGACGUGAAUGACGAGCACGUGAGGAGCCGACAGGAGCUGGAACAAACUCAGAAUGAGCUCACCAGAGAGCUCAAGUUUAAGUAUCUGAUCAUAGAGAACUUCAUCCCUCCAGAGGAGAAGAAUAAGAUCAUGAACAGACUGACCUUUGACCCCGAAGAGGAUCAGUGGAAGUUUCAGCCCCUUGUUCCUGCUGAAAGUAAGUCCUCGCAGAUGAAGAAAAGGCCAGCAUCUGCAGUCGGUUACAAACGACCAAUCAGCCAGUACGCCAGGGUUGCUAUAGCGAUGGGAGCGCACUCCAGAUACAGGGCUGAGAACAUCAUGUUUCUGGAGCUCGACAUGACUCCUCCAAACACCGCCUCACUGGAUCACUCGGAGCCGAACCAAAAUCACUCAGUGGACAACUCUCCCACCAAGGACAGAGGCGUCCGCAAGUCUCGCUCCUGGUGCCAGACCCCAAAAUCCAUCACUUCCUCCUCUUCCAAUGUUUCCUUGGCAGCAUGUCACACUGCCACACCUAUGACAGCGCAGUAAAGCUUUAGUGAAGAGGAACUUAUUUUCUAUUAUUUAUUUAAUUCCUCCGCUUCCUCUUCCUUCUUUUCCUCUUCCUGUUUUGGCCAUUGAUCCUCUAAAAGACUUCUACAGCUGGGACACAA